AUGAAGAGAGCUUCCGUUUCUUCUGCCAUGGCAAUCCUAGUUAUCUUAUUCAUAUGCUACUCCCUGCCAUGCUCAGCCGCCGACCAAGCUCAUACGGAAGGAAACCAUGUUGGAGUGAGUCCUCCGGCGCCGUGGGUAGCGCCGGGCCCACAUAAUCAAGGUCGUGGACGCUCCAGCACCCCACCGCCAGUGCCGCACCGCAAGAACUUACAGUUACAGCAGGCUGUUCUUCAAGUGCCACUGAUGCCAUGA